ACUUCGGCAAAAACAAGAGGUAUUCUAAACGGAAAUAAGGAAGUUUCCCGUCCCUCUUCGCUCAAAAAAUUUCUUCUGGUUCUCAACCUAUCGUUGGCUUCAAAUUUGACACGGAAGAUUAAAGAAUAAAUACUCCCACGACUUUGUGGACCUCAUAGCAAUGCGGCGAGUCGCUGCGGAAAGGGCUAAAAGGCUACUUAUUCGCUCAUUUCUUGCGCCUCAAUCUUCCGCUGCCGUCUCGUCACCGUUUUCAUUCCUCUCCUCCUACUCUGCCGCCGCCAUGUCCACUGCCUCGACUCCGGUCGUCUCCCUCGAUUCCAUCAACCCAAAGGUGUUAAAAUGUGAAUAUGCUGUUCGUGGAGAGAUUGUUAAUCAUGCUCAGCUCUUGCAAGAAGAUUUAAAAGCAAAACCAGGUCACCAUCCUUUUGAUGAGAUACUAUAUUGCAAUAUUGGGAAUCCCCAGUCCCUUGGUCAGCAGCCAGUUACCUUUUUUAGAGAGGUUCUGGCAUUAUGCGACCAUCCUUCCAUUUUGGACAGGGAUGAAACUCAUGGCUUGUUUAGUGCUGAUGCCAUAGCAAGAGCAUGGGAUAUUUUAGAUGUAAUACCGGGUAGAGCUACAGGCGCUUAUAGUCACAGUCAGGGCAUUAAGGGCUUACGAGAAGCAAUUGCAGCAGGAAUUGCUUCUCGUGAUGGAUAUCCUUGCAAUGCAGAUGAUAUUUUCUUAACAGAUGGUGCAAGUCCAGCUGUGCACAUGAUGAUGCAAUUACUAAUAAGGUCCGAGAAAGAUGGCAUUCUCUGCCCUAUUCCUCAGUAUCCUCUUUAUUCAGCCUCAAUUGCUCUUCAUGGUGGUUCUCUUGUCCCAUAUUACCUAGAUGAAGCAAGUGGAUGGGGGUUGGAGAUAUCCGAGUUAAAGAAACAAUUGGAAGAUGCUCGGUCCAAGGGCAUAACUGUGAGGUCACUUGUGGUGAUAAAUCCAGGCAAUCCCACAGGACAGGUUCUUUCAGAGGAGAACCAGAGACAGAUAAUAGAAUUUUGCAAGAAAGAAUCUUUGGUUCUACUAGCAGAUGAGGUAUACCAAGAUAAUAUCUAUGUUGGGGACAAGAAAUUCAAUUCACUCAAGAAGAUUGCAAGAUCUAUGGGACUUGGCGACAAGGAUAUUUCUCUAGUGUCUUUUCAAUCAGUCUCUAAGGGAUACUAUGGAGAAUGUGGAAAGAGGGGUGGCUAUAUGGAGGUUACCGGCUUUAGUGCUGAUGUGAGAGAACAGAUUUACAAGGUGGCUUCUGUAAAUCUCUGUUCGAACAUCUCUGGCCAAAUUCUUGCUAGCCUAGUCAUGAAUCCACCGAAGCCUGGAGAUGAAUCAUAUGACUCUUUCACUGCAGAGCGAGAUGGAAUUUUGUUAUCUUUAGCACGGCGCGCUAAGGCAUUAGAAGAUGCCUUCAAUAGCUUAGAAGGUGUGAUCUGCAAUAAGGCAGAGGGGGCCAUGUAUCUCUUCCCCCGUAUUCACUUGCCAAAGAAGGCAAUUGAGGCUGCCAAGGCGGCUAACUCAGUACCUGAUACAUUCUAUGCUCGCCGCCUUCUUGAUGCCACCGGGAUCGUGGUCGUUCCCGGUUCCGGCUUUGGCCAGGUUCCUGGGACAUGGCACAUAAGAUUUACAAUUCUACCUCAGGAAGAGAAGAUCCCUGCUAUCAUCUCCAGGUUCAAGGCAUUCCAUGAAUCAUUUAUGGAAGAAUUCCGGAACUAGAAAAUGAAUUACUGAUGCUUUUUCUUCGUUGCAUCAGUUCAAAAAUAAAGUUACUGAACAUUCAUGUUUUAUUUGUGAUCAGUGUAAUUGCAAUUUUUCCUAUUGAUGAUGAUUUUUUUGUCAUAGGCGGCAGGAAAAAACAUGUACCAUGAUAAAACUUUAGAGAGAGAGAGAGAGAGAGAGAGAGACUUCCAUUUUGUUUAUGAUUCUGAAAUAAAUCCUGAUGCUUAAACCUUAACCUUGAUUUAAGUUGUAGAUUAAGCA